AUGACCGUCGGAAGAACAGCGACCCUCGCGGUCAACAUCACCUUCUUCAUCCUCUCCUGGCUCUCCGUAGGCCUGCGCAUCCUAGUCAGAGCCGGCAUGCUGCGAGCCUUUGGAUCCGAUGACUGGACGAUGUUGGCAACACAGGUCUUCUUCACGGGAUACUUGAUCGCACAACUCGGAGGAGUGAUAUACGGCACUGGCGAGCACCUUUCAGAUCUGAUACCUUGGCGGGCGGAGAGGGCACUUGCGUUCUGGUACUUCUGCGAAAUCUUCUACACCCUCUCGACCUGCCUUCUCAAAAUCUCCGUCGGGCUCUUUCUCCUGCGCGUCGCUGGCCAAAAAUUGCACAUCUGGAUCAUCCGGCUGGUCAUGCUCUUCGCCGCGGUCUUCGGCGGGGCUUUCUUCUUCGUCAUCGUCUUCCAAUGCUGGCCGAUAAGCAAUUGGUGGGAUCUCGACCCGAGCCAUAAGAACUGCAUCAACCCGGACAUUGUCAUUGGGUUGACGUAUGGGAUUUCGGCGCUGAAUGUUGUCGCGGACUGGACGCUUGGGUUGCUUCCUAUCUUCAUCGUUAGGGGUCUGCAGAUGUCCACGAGGCAGAAGCGUCUCGUGGCUAUCAUCCUAUCGUUUGCGGCGAUAGGGUCGACGGCGACGAUUGUACGAUUACCAUACAUUGGAUCCCUUUCCGAGAGUUUCGAUGGUUGGAAUGGAGAUUUCCUCUACAACACCGUCGGCGUAGCAAUCUGGACCACUGUCGAAGUCGGCGUGGGCAUAACAGCCGGCUGCCUCGCAACCCUCCGCCCCCUAAUCCGCAUGGCCUUCGACCGCCUCGGCGUCGGCAGCAGCAGCAACCGCAAAUACCGCCCCUCCGGCGGCCAACCGCACUCACGAAGCCGCAUGACCCCUUCCCAUCGCCUCGACGAGUUCGCGCCCGGACACGGCCAUACAAUCACGACGAUCACGGGGAAUCGCGGCGAGACAGUGGGCAAGACCAGCAGGAGUCGGAGUAGCAGCCAGGAACAGCUGGCGAGUCCGAGCGGGAAGAUCAUGAAGCAGUUUGUGGUGGAGUACGACGAUGAUGGGUUUGGAGAGGAGGCGGUCACGGCUUUGCCGAAGCGGUGA